AUGAGUUCCAGUCUUGAAGCUAAGAUCGUUGUGCUCGGAGCACAGGGGGUGGGAAAGACUGCGCUCGUGGAGAGAUACUGUAAAAACACCUUCAACCCCGCAGCGGCUUCAACCAUCGGCGCGUCGUUCGUGACGAAGCGCGUCCUCGAUUCCACCUCCGAUACAAUAGUGAGAUUGCAGAUAUGGGACACAGCUGGACAGGAGAGGUUUCGCAGCAUGUCGAGACUUUAUUACAGAGGAGCCCAAGCAGUGCUCCUGUGCUAUGAUAUCACCGACCAAAGCAGCUUCCAAGAAAUGGCCGGUUGGCUACGCGAACUGCGCAAAAACAUCACCCCCAGCGACGACGGCACAGACUCCCUCAUCAUCCAUGUCGUAGGCACAAAGUCCGACAUUGUCGCCGAAGACCCCUCCCGCCGCCGCGUCCCCUUCGAACACACAAUCGACUACGUCGCCGAACAACUCUACCCAACCCAAGCCUCAACCCCACCACCAACUGCAACAGGAAGCAUGGGCGGGCUAGUCUUUGGAACCUCUGUCUUUGGAGGCAGUGGCGGAAGCACAUCGAACGCUAGCGCCAGCGCCGCUGCCCUACAGAGUCCAGACUCGAAACGUAGUUCGGCAUUCUGGGGGCAGGAGAUUGGGUGGGAUUGCUGUCAUGAGAUCAGCGCGCGGGAUGGCGAGGGAAUUGAUGAGGUUUUCCGCGUUAUCACGCGUAAGCUGGUUGAACAGCGCAAUCGACGCGAUACCGAGCUGGCUAUGUCGAUUGCUGGUACGUCCAUGGCGAAUGGAGUUGUCGGACCUCUUAACCCUGGGGUUGUGGAGGGUACUGGGAGUUUCCGGCUCGGUCAUGGUGAUAACAGGAGGAGUUGGAUGGGGUUGGGGGCAGCAGCUGUCAAUGUCGAUGGUGCUGAGGAGGAGCGGGUUAUACUUGUCUCCGCCUACAGCGAUGGAGCGAGUAUGUUUACUGCCAUUAGAAAGAAAUACCACGAGCGCCAGUCCACCCGGGAACUAGAACGGUCUCUCGCACGUGGCCGGACCGAGAUUCAAACCCGGUUUGAUCUGCACAAUCAAGAGCUUGGCUACCGAUACGAGCGAGGCGACUCGAUCGCUCGUGAGCAUAUGAAAGAUAUCAUCAUCACACUACAGGGGGCUUUGCUAAGACACCUCCGAGAGGCGCAGGAGCAGGGGACCACUCCAGAUCUGAUGGCGUUGCAGAUAGAGUCCGACCAGGGCCGCGUUCGCACGCUCGUCAUUUUGGGGGACUUGUACCAGCGUCUGUCGAGGCCGUCGCCUGUUCCACCGUCUGUUUCCAUGUCCAUCGAUCCAAACUAUCACAUGAUGAAUUCGUAUGGCCGUGGAUAUUCCCCUAAUGGCCCGGACAGGUACCGGCCACCUCACACACCGGAGAUGGAGUACUUCUUCGGUGGAUAUCCUACCUCACCAGCCAGUUAUUCACGAGGUCAGAUCCUACCAGAGGACGUCUGCGCCUCACCAACGGACACACUGGGAACAUCGAGAGAGUAUGGGACUUCAAGCCCAAAACCUCGUAGGCGGUCAUCAGGCUUUGGCUCAGUUGUGAGUAGUAUGGGCGACUGGUUCCAUCCCCGCCCAGGCCGCGGGAGAACACCAUCUUUUCCGUCAUCAGCACCCGAGCCCGCAUAUAUCCCACAAACCAGAGUAUACACCGCAGUGUCACCAUCGACAUCAGAGCCGAUUCCGGAAUUCGAUGUUAGACCAGCCACGCCAAGUAUACCCAAGUCGCGACCAACCUCGAUACCACACGAUGUCUUAGGGGGGAACCCAUGGAAGCACGAAAACCUCAUAAACUCCGACGACGAAGACGCCAUCAGGCAUGCUCCAAUCAAAGAAGAAAAACGCCACCUCUCGCCCAUCUCCGCAUCCACGCAACCACGCCACGAUUCUCUCUCCGCAACCUCAACCGCCUCCACAGACUCCACCCCGUCAAACCCCUCUACUCGAAGUAGCACAGACCGACCAACCCAAGCAAUCCGACCUCUUUGGCCACCUAGCGAAACGAACAACUACCUGGGCUUCUGUAAAGGCGCGUGGAAAGUGCACACGGGAUUCCGAGGAUUCAAAAUCUACUCCGAGCCCGGGACGGGAUAUUUUACGCAACAGUCGUGGUUGCGGUGCACGAAGUGCGCUUUCGAAGCACCCAUGAGCCCGAAGAGUUCCAGCCACAACCCACUAUUCGAGGAAAGCGUGCGUACGCACAGAGCUAGUGGUAUCCGAUAUCGAUUCGAGUUCUUGGCGAAAUCCCACGUGCCCUGUAAGCGAGACCCUGCAUUGCAUUUUAAUUCUAAUGCUCCUCGUGGCACAUUUUGCUGUCUCUUUUGUUGUGCGAUGGCACAGGAGUCAACUCAGGUAUAUGGAAAUCUGGACAUCUUUAUGGCGCAUCUGGCAAAAUAUCACUGGGCGGUUGAGAGGGAAGCGUUAGCUGUGUUGCCUAUCCUGGUCAACCGCAGUUUAAAGAGCAAAGGUGAAUCACUUCAGGAUCUAUGGCACUUCGAUACCGGAUCCUUCCGCACAUCCCUCCGACCAAAACUCCAAUCUGAUACAGGAUCGCAACGGAAAUGGCGGGUUGCAUCGGAUAAUAAGCCCGCCCUGGUUUACCAGACCACCGAGAUCGUGGUCCCCAACCAGGGUGCUAUUGUGAUGGCCAAACGCAAGGAGGAAGAUACCGCUUGGGUCGGAGCGGAACUGGCAGAAUGGCGCAGCGUCAUUUACACCGUCGACGAUAUCAAUGCCCCGACACAUACCCCGAAGAACAAGGGUCGCGAGGCUCUCCCCUACCUCCAAUACCUGAUCGACCACUACGAUGACCUUCCUGACGUCGUGGUCUUCCUGCACAGUCACCGCGACGGUGUAAUCGCCGGCUGGCAUAUCGACACCAUGGAUUACAGCAAUGUGGACUCGGUGCGCGCAUUGCAGAAGGAAUUUGUGCAACAAGCAGGCUUUGUCAACUUGCGUUGCCAAUUGAGCCCAGGAUGUCCCUCUGCCAUCCAACCAUUCCGUCAACCUCCGAAUCCCGAAAGCCAGGGCGAGGCACACUACGCUGCUGCCUGGAAAGAGCUGUUCCCCGGCGAGCCGGUGCCCCGCGAAAUCGCCGCCCCGUGCUGCUCCCAGUUCGCCGUUUCCCGAGAGCAGAUUCUCCAGCGCCCCCACAGCGAUUAUAAGCGCAUGUAUGACUGGGUGAUGAAUAAUGACCUGCCGGACGAGGCUACCUCCAACAUUAUGGAGUAUUCAUGGCACAUCAUUUUCGGCAAGGACCCUGUCUUCUGCCCUGAUUUGUUCCAAUGCUACGCAGAUGUCUACGGCGAAGAAGUCAUCUUUAACUACUGA